CCAGCAUGGGGUCCUUUGGGGCCUGGCUGGGGAUCUUGGGGAGGACAGCCUGGAGGAUGCAGAACAGUCGAGUUACUGCAUGGGCCAGGGGCCAGGACCCCAGCGAACACUGCCCAGCCCGGCACUCCAUGGGGCUACCCCUUGGAAUCAAGCUGAGACUGUCACUACCCAUAGAGAUGGGGAAACUGGGCUGGGCGUGGUGGCUCACGCCUGUAAUCAUGACACUUUGGGAGGCUGAGGAGGGAGGAUGACCUGAGGUCAGGAGUUCAAGACCAGCCUGCCCAAAAUGGCAAAACCCCAUCUCUACUAAAAAAAAAAAUACAAAAAUUAGCCAGGCACAGUGGCAGGCGCCUAUAAUCCCAGCUACUUGGGAGGCUGAGGCAGAAGGAUCGCUUGAACCUGGGAGGCGGAGGUUGCAGUGAGCCAAGAUGGCACCACUAUACUCCAGCCUGGGCAACAGAGCAAGACUCUGUCUCAAAAAAAAAAAAAGAGAUAGAGAAACUGGGGCACAAGCAGGUGGCUGGCCCCAGACUCCACCCACAAUGGGCCACUCCAUAUUUAACUGCCAGGUACCCCCUCUUGGUCUCUCGGGACCCUCCCACCCAAAGCCAGGCUUCCUUGGAGGUGAGAAAAGCACAGUGUUCUGGGGCUUGGGUGCAGGCUCCCAAAGGCCAGGGGAUGACAUGAGCUUACCAGGGAAGGAUGGCCGAAGCCAGCUCAAGAAGCAGUGGCCCAUGAGACACAGUGCCUGGGACCCAGGGCCGGGGGCCAUAACUCAGACCAUGGAAUCUUCUGCCCAGGGCCAGGCUCAGGCAGGCCAGGACUGGGUACUGGGUACGAGGUGCUGACCCCUGUACCCACAGACCUUCCUGACUGUGCACACUUCUACCUGCUUGCUCCAGUGCUGGGGGCGGGUUGGGAAACAGCUGCUUUGGGCCACAUCCAGGGAAGCAGGGACCUGCGUUUGGGGGACAACAAGCCCUCCCACUUGACCCCAGCUGCCAACCCCAGGCUAAAUGUCCUCCAAACAUGGUGUGCUAUGUGAAGAAUAGCCACCAGGGCUGGGCAGGGUAGGCAGGUGAGCCUACAGGUAGAGACCCGUGUUCCCAAGCUGCUCUGCCCCCUCGGAGGGCACCACCCAGGGCCCCCCGUGGGAAAGGGCUCAAGUCUUUGCUUUGGUGGAAACGCAGCAGGUCGUAGGGGAGGCUCCCAAGGUGGGGCCUCACCCUGGAGCUGGGUGGUUGUUGGAGGCCCAAAGCGUCUGGGCCAGGUACGGGGACCACCCCUCUAGGGCGCUCAGGUCAGGGCAUUCAUGCCCAGCACCCCCAGCAAGAAAGAUGGCUUCCUGCCCCCCUUCGAGGACUUCCGGCCUCCUGGAGGUACAGGGAGACUGAGUUUCUGCACAGACUCACCUGAAUGAGAAUUUCCCUCUGAUCACUUUGUCCUUUCCAACUCUCGGAAGGUCCAAGUCAGUCAUCCCUAAGUGACCGUGCUGGCACCUCCGUCACCUGCACCCUGUUGGGCGAGCUCACGGCUACCGCCUGCCCCACCCCACCCCACCCCACCUGGACUCAGGCCCUACCUAAACUGCCCAUAAAGGACCACUGAGGAUGGGGGGAGACAGAGCAGUUAUAGGCCCUGGACCGGUCAGGCUGGGCUCGUUCAGUGAUAGGCUCGGGCAGGGCAGGUGAGUUGUCUGCAGGCGCACCGCAUGGCUGGGCCGGGCCAGGACCAGAGUGUGGUCUGAAUCCAGGGUCCGGCCUGGGUCAUAGCAGGGAGAUGCCCAGGCCUUUCGUCCCUCAAGCAGGUGGAGGAAGUGACUGCCCCUUGGAGGUCUCAGACAGCAUAAUCCAGGCAGGUUUGUCCUGCAGCAGAGCAGGGAUAGUGACUGCCCCUUGGAGGUCUCAGACAGCAUAAUCCAGGCAGGUUUGUCCUGCAGCAGAGCAGGGAUAGUGACUGCCCCGUGCUGGGAGCCUGGGCUACUGGCAAGCCUUCACUCAGUCCCCACCCCAGUGGCGGGCCAGAUCUGUUGGGCUACAGACUUGGGAGCUAAGAGAGCCAGGGACCUGCCCAGGGCACACAGCGAGGGAGAGCCAGGAGCAGGAGCAGCGCCCGCCCACCCAGCCUUGGGUAUUCCCUGCCCAUGGGGGUGUGUGUGUGUGGGUCUGUGGACACAUGUGUGGGUGUGCACAAGUGGGUAGGUAUGGUAUAUGUGGUGGGCACCUGCAUGGGUGUGCAUGCGUGUGUGUGGAUCUGUGCACAUGUGCAUGUGGGUGUGUACAUUUGUGGAUGUGUACAUUGGGUGUGUGCAUGUGGGUGUGUACAUUUGUGGAUGUACAUUGGGUGUGUGCAUGUGUGGGUGUGUACAUUUGUGGGUGUGUGCACAUUGUGUGCAUGUGUGGGUGUGUACAUUUGUGGAUGUGUGUACAUUGGGUGUGUGCAUGUGGGUAUGUACAUUUGUGGAUGUACAUUGGGUGUGUGCAUGUGUGGGUGUGUACAUUUGUGGGUGUGUGCACAUUUGUGUGUGCAUGUGGGGGUGUACACAUUUGUGGAUGUGUGUACAUUUGUGGGUGUGUGCACGGGUGGGUGUGUACAUUUUGGUGUGUGGGUAUAUGUGCAGUGUGUGCAUGUGUAGGUGUGUACGUUUGUGGAUGUGUAUACAUUGGGUGUGUGCAUAUGUGGGUGUGUACAUGUGUGGGUAUGUGUGCAUGUAGGUGCGUACAUUUGUGGAUGUGUGUACAUUUGUGUGGGUGUGUACAUUUUGGCAUGUGGCUAUAUGUGCAAUGUGUGCAUGUGGUGUGUACACGUAAGUGGGUGUGCUUGUGAGGGUGUGUACAUUUGUGUUUGGAUGUGUACGCAAGUGUGUACAUUUGUGUGUGGAUAUGUGUACCUGUGUGGGGGUGUGCAUGCGAAGGUGUGUAUAUGGGUGUGGGUGUGCAUGCGUGGGUGUGUACAUUUGUGUAUGGUUAUGUCUGUGUGUGGGUGUGCAUGUGUGGGGUAUGUACAUUUGUGGACAUGUGUGCAUGUGGUUAUUGGUGUGGAUGUAUGCGUUUGUGUGGAUGUGUACAUGUGUUUGGGUGUGCAUGACUGCAUGUAUGGGUGUGUACAUUCAUGUGUGGAUGUAUGCACGUGUGUGGGGUUGUGCAUGUGGAGGUGCGUUUGUGUGUGCCUUUGUGGGUGCUUGGGUGUGCAUAUGAGUAUGUGCGCCUGUGGGUGUGUACAUUCAUGUGUGGAUAUGUGCAUGUGUGUGCAUGUGAAGGUGUGUGUAUUUGGGUGUGCCUGCGUGGGUGUGUACAUUUGAGUGUGGAUGUGUGUGCACGUGGGUGUGUCUUUGGGUGUGCAUGCAUGAGAGUGCACAUGUUACGCUCUGGCUCUGAGCCUGCUGAGUCAGGGCCAACCCUCUGAUCGCCCUCCUGUAGCUCGAGGAAGGAUUGACAGUUCUUCACCCUCCACACCGAUCCUUCCUGGGAAGCUGGGUUUGGGGGCAGCUCCCCUGAGGUCUCAGGCAGAUAGGGCUCAGGGACCCACCUUUCCUGCAGCUGCCCAGGCUCCUCUGCCUACCACUGGGGUGGCACCCAUCACCAAGGUGUGAGGGGUGGGGGGACCUGCCUGGGGGCCGAUCAGGGCACAGGCCGCUCCUGGAAAGCAGGGACUGGAGCCCUGGGCUUGGGGCAGCUGGGCGGCGGCAUGUUGACCUGUCUGUCG